AUGGCGGCGCGAGCAGUUCUUGGAGCCCUAGGUCGGCGCUUUUGGCAGGUAUUGGUGAAUUUUUCUGUGAGUGGUUCUAAGAGCAGCACAGCCAGAAAUGGUGGCUUUCUUCUCAGUACCAACCUGAAGUGGGUACAGUUUUCAAACCUACACAUAGAUAUUCCCAAGGAGUUGACCAAGCCUAUGAUAACCAUUUCUGAUGAGCCAGACACAUUAUAUAAGCGCCUGUCAGUUUUAGUGAAAUGCCAUGAUAAGGCUGUAUUGGACAGUUACGAAUAUUUUGCUGUGCUUGCUGCUAAAGAGCUUGGUAUCUCUGUUAAAGUACAUGAACCUCCAAGGAAAAUAGAACGAUUUACACUUCUCAAAUCAGUACAUAUUUUCAAGAAGCACAGAGUCCAGUAUGAAAUGAGAACACUUUAUAGGUGUUUAGAGCUAGAACAUCUAACUGGAAGUACAGCAGAUGUCUACUUGGAAUAUAUUCAGCGAAACUUACCUGAAGGGGUUGCCAUGGAAGUCACAAAGACAAAAUUAGAGCGGUUACCAGAACAUAUCAAGGAGCCAAUCUGGGAAACUACGCCAGCAGAAAAAGAAGAAAGCAAGUCAUAAAGUUCAGUGAGGCCAUUUGUGACUGGGUUUGAACUAAGGAUGGGCCAGAUGUGUGUGGUUAAGUGGAGACUGCUUUGCUUCUAGCUGAAAUAAUGUUGGGUC